AUGCCGAUAGAUGGGAAUCUUUACCGGCCUCUGGCGCUGGUUUGGGUGAUAUUUCAACUGAUAGCCCAUGUCUGUGCCACACCAAUUGACAUCGCUAGCGAGUUCCGGGUCAAGGACCUUCCCGGAUUGUCGUUGCUUCCUCCGCUAGAACAGCCCGUGAUGCACGCGGGCCAUCUUGAGCUCUAUGCGGAAAAUUCUACCAACUACUUCUUCUGGAAGUUUGAAAGGCCGCCCGCAAAUUCCACAAUCAAGUCAGAGAAGCUCAUAUUCUGGCUAAAUGGAGGCCCGGGCUGCUCAUCCAUGGACGGAGCUCUCAUGGAAAUUGGUCCAUUGCGAAUUGGGGCUGACGGAAACGUUUUGUUCAACAACGGCUCGUGGAUGGAGGCUGCGGAUCUCGUAUUUGUGGACCAACCUGGUGGAACUGGGUUUUCGUACACGGAUGCGUACGAUCGCGAGCUAGACGAAGUGGCCGGCGACUUUGUCGUCUUUCUGGCAAAAUAUUUCCGCGUUUUUCCGCAAGACUUGGCCAAACAGGUAUGGAUUGCAGGCGAGAGUUAUGCUGGCCAGUACAUUCCAUAUAUUUCACGGGCUGUUCUUGACGAGAACGCGAAACCAGAACCAGCUUUUGGAGGACCCGUGGCCCUUGAAGGUGCUUUGAUUGGAAACGGUUGGAUUUCGCCUGAUCAUCAAAGUCUUUCGUAUAUUCCGUUUGCCGUUCAAGAGAAUAUCUUGUCCAAGACGGACCCCAGUAUGCCCAAACUGCUCAAACAGCAUGAGCAGUGCCAGAAGGUAAUAAACUCGCGGAAUCCUGAAAUAAGAAAGGUGGAAUCACCCCAAUGUGACAGUAUUCUGGAUGUGCUAUUAGAAGUUACCAAAGACAACUCUGCCAGCCAGGACAAGCAGUGUAUCAACAUGUACGACUACCGGUUGCGGGACUCGUAUCCGUCAUGCGGAAUGAACUGGCCUAGUGAUCUAGAGUAUGUGAAUCCCUUCCUGAGACAGGAAAAGAUCGGCGAAUAUUUGAACCUCAAGAAGAUGCGGGUUUGGAACGAGUGCGAUGGUCAGGUGAGUCGGUACUUGAGGGCAAGGCACUCGAUUCCCGCCAUUGAUCUCAUUCCUGAUUUGCUUAAGGAAAUGCCAAUUCUGUUGUUCAAUGGUGAUAAAGACAUCAUCUGCAACUAUAUGGGCACGGAAGCUAUGAUUAGCGACAUGAAAUGGGAUGGCAAGUAUGGUUUUGAGGAUUCUGAAGAUACCACGUCGGCCGACUGGUUUUACCGGGAUGAUUCUGCUGGUUUCAUCAAGAUUCGUGGAAACCUGACAUACACACGAGUGUAUGGUACCAGUCAUAUGGUUCCUUUCGAUAAGCCAGAGGUCUCUCGUGGGUUGUUUGAUAUCAUGACCAGGAACUACAAACCAGUCACGGUGGAUAACUCAACUGGUGUCGCUACUCCCGUUUACGGAGAAGACGGUUCUACCAGUUUUGACCAAGGUUCUGGAUCUAAGGAGGCAGAUUCCGAUCAGACUUCGAGACCGUCGCCCUCGACUUCAAAAGGUUCCGGCUCUAAACUAGCGGCGGACAGGUCAUGGACAUUCUAUGCGUUCGUUCUGACAGUUUUCAUGAUCGUUAUGUAUGGAUUGAGGUAUCUGUACAAGAACCUGACGUCCAGGCCUUCCUCCAUUCUUUCCAAGUACUCCAAGAUGAACCCAGACAGCCCCGGAAGGGACUUUUCAAGAGAGGUGAGUCCCUCAGGAGGUGCCAGCGUUGCUGGCGGAUUACUCAAGUUCAACCAUAGUAACCCAAAAAAGAAGUCGGUGAGGUGGUUGGACGAAAUUCAAACCGAUAACCAAGGGUUUUCUCCAGAAGACCCGGAAAACGGGAUUUUUGGAAGAGUGCUUAACAAGUUUGGGUAUGGCGAUCAGGCGUACCAACCUGUUGAUCGCACUGACGACAUUGAGAUGAAUGGGAUUGACCAAUUUAUUAUUCAGGAGGAGGAUGAAGAGUUUGAUGGUUUGGGCAGGGAUGCGGAAAGGUGA